AUGUCAGUAUUGGUUCUCCCUGGUGAUAAUGUUGAAGUAGAUGCUGGUAAACCAGUUUCUUUGGGUCCAGGUAUGUACUGCGAUCCAAAAACUCAAAUGGUAUUGCCUGUAAAUGCAGGUGUUUUGAAUAGAACUGAUAAUAAAAGAGGUCAAACUCUUUAUGUCGAUUAUGAUUCCAAGCGUUAUAUUCCAGCUACUGGUGAUUUUGUCAUUGGUGUGAUUACUGGUGCCUUUGCAGACAGUUAUAGAGUUUCACUUUCAAGUUUCUCAACACCAGUAUCUUUAUCAUAUAUGGCAUUUCCAAAUGCUUCCAAGAAGAAUAGGCCAACUUUAAAGAUUGGUGACUUAGUCUAUGCUCGUGUCUGUUCUUCUGAAAAGGAAUUGGAAGCAGAAAUUGAAUGUAUGGAUUCUACAACCGGUCAAGAUGCUGGUUUUGGCCUUCUAGAUGAAGGAAUGGUAGCUGAAGUUUCAUUGGGGUUCGCUCGUCAGCUUUUGUAUAAUAAUGAUUUCCCACUCCUGAAACUAUUAGCUAAACAUGCCCAGUUCGAAAUUGCCAUUGGCUUAAAUGGUAAGAUUUGGUUGAAAUCUAAUGAUAUAAAAAAUACUCUUGCAUGUUAUAAAUCCAUUUUGGACUGUUCUGGAAAACAAAUUGGAGAGUUCAAUGAAAUAGUCAAGAAAAAUUUUAACCAAUUCACAAAUACAGUCGAAGAAUAA